ACUCUCGCUGAAAAAACACAUUUCUUAUAAGUAGCGGGAUUUAGAACAGUGACCCACUAGAGUAGUAAACGUUAAUAUUUAGAUUUUUUUAGCAUGGCCUCGUCAACAGGAGCCAAGUUAUCCAGGGAAGAAUAUAAGAGGAGACAGGAACUUGAAAAUGCUAGGAAAGCUGGUACUGCGGCUCCUGCCCUAGAUAUUGAGGGUAACAUGAUCAAUCCACAUAUACCACAGUACAUUGCUCAGGCGCCCUGGUACCUUAAUCAGGGCCACCCAGGCUUGCAGCACCAAAAAUUUAAAAAGGAGAAACCUUCUUUGGAUUUGAACGUAUGGUACGAACGAGGCGUAAAAACAGGGCCGCCUCCCGUCAGAUUUCGGAAAGGUGCUUGUGAGAACUGUGGGGCUAUGACUCAUAAUAAAAAAGAAUGCACCGAGCGCCCCCGCAAGUUGGGAGCAAAAUGGACCAAUGAGGAUUUGCAAGAAGACGAAGUCGUUAUAGAUUUAAAAAACUUAAACUACGCAGCGAAGAGGGAUGCUUGGAAUGGAUAUGAUGCGUCAGAUUACCAAAAGGUUUUAAAGGAGUUUGAAAAAUUGGAAGAAUUACGUUUGAAAAUGAAAGAGGAAAAAGUUAAAAGUGAAAUGACUAAUGAACGGGAAGAUGAACUAAAAGGUUGUUUUAGUAGUACCUAUUUCCGCGCUAUAUUACUAGUACAUUCAGGUUAUGCGGAGAGUGCACCCAUGCCAGGACAGCAGUUUGACGCUAAAAAACGUAUUACCGUUCGAAAUUUACGUAUCCGCGAACACACAGCCAAGUUUUUACUAAAUCAUGACGUAAACUCUGCUUAUUAUGAUCCGAAGACCCGCUCUAUGCGCGGGAACCCGUUUGCUGGUAAGGAAGGAGGCGACCCUAAUUAUGUUACCGAAAACUUUAUGAGGACGACUGGUGAAUCCCUUGAAGUCUUGCAGACUCAAGUUUAUGCUUGGAAUGCUAAGGAAUCUGAGCAUUUGUCUCUCCAAGCGAACCCAACUAAAACGGAAAUUAUGCGUAAAGCAUAUUUAAAAGAAGCAGAAAUACAGUCUUCCGCGACUAAAGAAGACAUUCUUGCGCGAUACGGUGGGCAGGAGCAUCUGGAGACGCCCCCAAUGGAGUUACUGCUGGGCCAAACGGAGCAGUACGUUGAAUACGACCGCUCUGGUCGAGUCAUAAAAGGUGUUGAGAAGGUUGUUCCGAAAUCGCACUACCCUGAAGACAUUCAUCAUAAAAAUCACCGGGAAAUAUGGGGAUCAUAUUGGGAGGAAGGGUGCUGGGGAUACGCGUGCUGCCAUUCGACGGUGUACAACUCGUACUGCCUCGGACAGAUUGGCAUUCGGUCCAAGUCGAAUGAAGUUAAUUUUAAAAAAAGCGAGCUGGAGGCCAAAAAUGCUCAGGCUAAAAAGUCUCUUUUAGAGGAACACCGUGAAAAAAUGGAAUUUACUAAAAGCAAAAAAGCUAAUAAACGUGAAAAAACUUUCAACGAAGAUUUUAGCAGGGAAGUCAAGAAUGUUUUAAAAAAAUCGAGGAAGGAAAAUGCGAAAGAAGAAGUGGACCGUGGGGAAUUUUCUUCGUGGACUCACUUAUCUGAACCCACAGAAGCCGAAAAGGAGGCGUAUUUACUUUCAAAGAAGAGAUCUGAAGAUCCAUUGGCGAAUUACGUUGAACGUUAACUUAAAACUGCAGCCUCUAUUAUUAUAGGCCUUUUAUCGUGU